AUAAUGCGGCAGGCUAGCUGCGAGCAUUCGGUGAGUUCCAUGGCUAAGAAUAGGGAUAACCCCGCUCCUAAUUUCUCUUCAUGCUCGAUAUGUUUUGAUAAAACCUACGAACCACAAUUGGUAAGUUUUGCUGCCAAUGGGAAUAGGGUUCGCGGCAGCACCUUUUCUUCCAGAAUUUCAAAGCCUCGGCGUGCAUAUAAGAUAAACAUUUCGAUACGAAAUUACGACGCAGUAUAAAUCGAGUCGUUAUGCCGAGCAUUCUCAGGCGCUUCGUCGAAAAGGGCAAGUUCAAGCGAGAGAAAGAAAAGAGGAAGCAAAUAGCGGAUAAUAGGACCGACGAUGAAUCUCCGAAGGCUGAAGAAGAACCUGAUAGAGCGUCCCUUAAUGAUGGCCUUGGAGCGCUAGCAUUCCUUGAUGACUGCGAAGAUCACAGCAAUGGGAUUGAUCUCGUUUUCGUCCAUGGACUCCGUGGGUCCCGAUUCAAGACUUGGUCUAAGGGGGACAUUUUUUGGCCCCGGGAUUUUCUCAAAGAUGAUCUAAAGAAGGCUAGGAUAAUCACAUGGGGUUAUGAUGCAAAUAUCGCCAACGCCUUCUCGUAUGCCAGCAGGGAGAGUCUCUUUGGUCAUGCCAAUACGCUGUUGAAUGACUUAGCUAGGCUUAGGCGAGGAAUAACCAGGCCUAUCAUAUUUGUCUGUCAUAGCUUCGGUGGCCUCGUUGUCAAGGAGGCUUUGAUAACCUCCGACAACUACCGAAACCACAAUAGACAUCCUACACGAGGUGCAAUAUAUGCUAAGACUAUCGGGGUGAUUUUCAUGGGGACACCGCAUCAAGGAAGUUCAAAGGAAAGCUAUGGCGAAAUUGUAGCUAAUAUCGCAUAUAUGUCUUUCCGGCAACCAAACAAACAACUCCUUCGGACCCUAAAACCUUACUCGCACGUCCUCGAGAAGCAACGCAAUGAUUUUACAACGAUCUCAAACGAGAUGAGCAUCGUUUGCAUUCGGGAAGAGCUCCCGACAGGAGCCGGCAUAAUCGUCCCAGGAGACUCUGCUUGGCAAUGCAGCUUCGGAGUUAUUCUUGAUUCAGUUCAUGCAAAUCAUAUGGACAUGGUUAAGUUCUCAACUAAGGACGAGAAUUAUAGGAAAGUACUUGGCUAUAUGGAAGAGAUUCGUGACGCUAAUACAUCUGGCGCUGAUCCGGAAAUGGUCGAGUCGCUAAGUAACGAAAUACUACGUACCUUGAAAUCCUUUAUGAUCGGAAACAGGCGACAAGGCAUAGAUGAUGCUUAUGCAAAUACCUGUUCUUGGAUUUUUGAAAGUGAAUCACAGGAUAAUGAAACGACUGCGGAAUCAGGUCAAUUCUUGUCUUGGCUCCAAAACGACAACCCAUUUUUCUGGGUUAGCGGCAAGGCCGGGUGCGGAAAGUCUACCCUGAUGAAAUAUAUGCAUGAAGACAAAAGAACCGAAGCCGCUCUCAAAGAUUCUCUGUGGACUGAGGCCAAGGAGUUGAUAUUGAUAGGGCAUUUCUUCUAUGAUCGCGGCAACGACAACCAGAAAUCGAGGGAAGGAAUGCUUAGGAGCAUUCUAUUUCACAUCCUACAAAUUCACAGAAAACUUAUCCCAAAGAGUUUCCCUAUCUUUUUCGAAGGGAAAGGCCGUGUCGACAUAUCUUCAUGGGUCAUUGAUUGGGGCAAUCUUAGCGAGGCAUUCUUUUCGAUGCUAAAGCAUCUCCAAAAUACCAAAAUUUGCCUUUUCUUAGACGGCCUAGACGAAUACCGCAUGGUAGGAAGAACCAACGAAUACACCGAAGAAGAGUUGGAUCUUAUCUAUGAUGGUGAGAAUGAGGACGAGGCUUGGGGACUAAGCCCUUGGAUAACGAACGGACAUAAGGAGAUCGCUCACUUUAUCCACGGCCUCGGGGCUAGCGGUAAUAUAAAAGUAUGUCUAUCCAGCAGGGAAUUGAAUGUUUUUGAACAUGAGUUUCGAGAUUUCCCUCGGAUAAGGGUCCAUGAACAUACAAGCGAAUCUAUCGUCCAAUACUGUCGGGGCAAUCUAACCAAGGCGGCGCCAGAUCUCGAUGGCCUGAUGGAAUUUGUGUCUAAGAUUGCCGGAAGGUCAUGUGGCGUGUUUCUCUGGGUGCGAAUCGUCGUUGGUAUGCUCAUUGACGGAUAUACCGAGGGCAAUUCAGAGAACGAUCUAUGGAAGGUUCUGAACGCCCUUCCAAAAAGACUCGGUGGUGAUGAUGGACUUUAUAUGCGCAUGAUGAAAAAUGUCAGGCGUGAAUAUCUAUCAGAGUCAAGGAGACUAUUCCAAUUAGUCUCGAAAAGUGAGAGGCGUGAAUAUCUAUUGGAGCUAAAUGCACUAUUAGAAUUAGGCUCGAGAGAUUUGAGUUUUGCCCACGCACCUCUCGAUAUCAUAACUCUAUUCUUGGCAGAGGAAUGGCAUUUAGAAGAUGGAGAGCAAGAGCUAAGGGCCAAAACCGACAAAUACCAACCUAAGACAUGGGAUGAAAUGAAACAUAAAUGGAAAGCGCGAGAAAGGCGUUUGAAAAGUCGAUGCGGUGGUUUGCUCGAGGGAACGGAGGAAGUGCAGUUCAUGCACCAAACAGCCAAGGAGUUUAUCUCACGGGCCUAUUUGAACAACAAAAUCUUCCAGAACGCCGUUGGGUUUUCUACCGAAUUUGACAUACAUUUGGCUAUCAUGAGCGGAUAUAUUCGGCGCUUAAAACGCUGCGCAGAAGUCGUCGUGACUCCUGACAAAGUCCAAAUCAAUCCACAAAUUCAAAACAUCACCACGAAUCCAUUCGAGACAAUUGAAAUGUCUUCUACCGCUCCCGUGCUUUUCCAAGAUAUAUUCUUAAAUGCCUCAUGUUUGGAAAGGAUGAAUAUGGAAAGUGAUGCUUACCGCCCCUAUAUCAAACUCCUUGAUGAGCUAGAUAUCGUCGGUGGCCAACUGGUUGCUUCUUUGGAGGACCUAUCUUACCUUGGUUUCACUUGGUUUGACGUUUAUUUAGCGAAUGGGAGUCCCUCGCAGGGGUCGGGGUUUUUCCCGAGAGUUCAGAGCUUUUUGCAGCUCGCGUUCCUCAUCGGUUUAACUCCAUACAUUCGAGCAAAAGUUAAUGGCCAAAGACUUCGAAAGGACCAAUUGGAUUUUUUUCUAUUACAGAUUUCUCGCCAUCCUACAGUCUCAUUGCGGCAUGUAUAUCCUGAUAUCCACAAUACGUCAAAGCCUGAAAUAUUUGAAUUGUUGUUCGAAGAAGGGGCUGAGCCUAACUGUCGAGUGAGUGACCCUACAUGGAAGUUGCAAGAUGGUUGGACUGCUUGGACAUGUCAUCUCGCACAGGAUAGAAACAUUCGUCAUUCAAAAACGAGUGAACGAUGGGAUACUAUAACAAAGCUUUUCCUAAGGUUUGGAGCCGAUCCAACAGCACACAUAUUCGAAGAGGGUAAGCGAUUGACAGCAGAGGAUGUCCUAAAGAACGCGUUGGCUAAACAUUGGGAUUUCCAGAAGGAUUUGGAUGAAAUCUUAGAACUUCUGAAUCAAGCUAAAACAAAAAGAGAUUUGGGAGAGCUGGCAGCUCUUGGCUAGUCAGUCGUCCGGGACGGGAGGAUCGGGGGUUGGCCUGCAAUACACUGCAAUGCUCUUUACGUAGCUCUGGA